AUCGACUCCCGAAGCGCGGCGGCCCCUUCGCGAGCAGAGGCGAAAAUGGCCGAAGGGUCGCGAAGAGCGCGGAGCCGAGAGGCUGCCGGGAUCGCGGCGGACCCGGCGGGCGGGGCCGGGCGGCAAGAUGGCCGCCACGCGGCGAGGGAGAGCGUCGUCCACGGUGCUCUCGUCCGUGUCUCUGCAAAUGCUGCUCUGCCUGAGUGGGGUGUAUGACGCCCUGUAUUUCCUGGCCACGCUGCUCCUGAUCAUAUAUAAAAGUCUGGUUUUCACUUAUCCUUAUCCUCACCUGGUGCUCGACCUGAGUCUGCUGCUCCUGACAGGGAUUCUGGAAGUGGCUCGGUUAUAUCUUGGCACCAAGGGCAACCUGACGGAGGCAGAGGUGCCGCUGGCCAUCAGCCUGGUCCUUACCGCGGGGGGCGCCCUGCUGUCCGCCCACUUCCUGCUCUGGCAGACCCUGGUGCUGCGGGCCGACUCCAUCCUCGGCGCCACGCGCCUGGCGCUGCACGGCUUGGAGACCGCCCUGCAGCUGGUGGCCGUCGCCGCCUUCGUCAGCUAGGCCGCCGGUGCCCGGCCCCCCCGGACGGCUCCGGACGGAGCCCCUGGUUGCUCGGCCGUGUGCACGGGCUUCCUCGGGCGGCCGGGCUGCUGGCCGCGGCCGGGCGGGCUCCGGUGGUGCACGGUGCCGUCAGCGCCACAACUGCUGGCAUCCGCUCUUUCCAUGCUGGCGCGUGGGAAGCCAGGGCCCCACGGCUCACAACAGGCCAAGUCCCGCGGGACGUGCACUCGGCUUUGCAGCAGAAAGACAAGAACUGCGAGCUGUGUGUGCUGAGGUGUCCCCGGUCCCUGGGGCUUCCACAGGAGGCGCUCUGGAGCCCGCCACUGACCGGCCGCGGGCUGCCCUGUCCUGCGGGGCUCGGGGCUCCCAGCGGCUUCUGUCCGUGUGUCUGUCGCGUGCUGUGUUCGGAGUUGCAUAUCCAGGUGUUUUCUCUGCCCCAUAUUGUCGAAAUAAAUGUUUCUACCCCCCCCCGGAUUUCUCCCAGCUAAGGA